AUGCCUCUCUAUCAAGAUAUUGAGACCCUCAAGCAGAAGCUCGGCGGCGCCUACGCCUCGGUCCUCGUCAUCCUGCAUGAGAGGCAGCGCGAGCGCGAGCGGCUCGCCAUGGAAGCCAAGAUCAAAGCCAAGAAGGAGGCCGAGGACAAGGCCCAGAAGGAGGCCGAGGCCGAGGAAAAGGCCAGAGAGGAGGUCGAGGCCGCCGCCAAGAAGGAGGCCGACGAGGCCACCAAGAAGGAGCGGCAGCAGCGUCGGGAGGCUCUCCGCCCGCCCCGCCUCCAGAUGAGCCUCAUCAUGAAGGUGGCCACGCACCUCUCCGAGCAGGACGACGACGAGUACGACGACGCGUACCUGUCGACGGCCGAGCUGGCUGAGGGAACGAGCCACUACGCCGACAAUGACUGGACCUUUGUUCAGAGACCUUUCCGCCGUUGA